AUAGGAAACUGCAGUAUAAAUACAGGUUCGAUUCAUUGAGAUUUCUUCAAUCUACAACUGUGCUACGUGUACAUUUCGAGAUCUACAGCUUUAAGGUUGGGAGAGAAAUUUCAUCGUAUCAUGUCUGUUUCACAAAAUUCUUCUUUGCUGCUCAGUGUGGUACUUUUAUUCAUGAUUCAAUUGUUACCUUCAACCCGUGCGGCUCCGAUAAUUUGCAAAAACAACUGCAGAAAAUCCGAGAAAUUUAAGAACUGUGCUGAGCUUUACAAGUCCGGCCAAACCAUAAGUGGCAUUUAUACAAUCGACCUGGGUGACGGUAAGGGUGCCUUUGAUGUCUAUUGUGAUCAGACAACAGACGGUGGAGGAUGGACAGUGAUCCAGAAGAGGGUUGAUGACACCGUAGAUUUCAACCGGACUUGGAAAGACUAUGAAAAUGGAUUUGGUGAUUUCCUCAUUCGUGACUUUUGGCUCGGACUGGACAAGAUCCAACGCCUGACGCAAAACAAGACAGAAAACCAACUCCGCAUGGAUCUUGGAGUAACUGCCAACAAAACUGUCUACGCACAGUAUGAAUGGUUUGGUAUUGAGAAUGAGACAGAUCAUUACAGGCUGCGCAUUGGCAGUUUUUCCUCUGCAACUCUUACAAGGGAUUCUCUAGCCCAUCAUAAUGGCAUGUCAUUUAGUACCUGGAACAGAUCUUCAACUGAUCAUAAUUGUACAUCGUUUGGGGGAGGCUGGUGGUACCUGAAAGACAAAUGUAGUAUUUCCUCAAAUCUCAAUGGAAUCUACCCUUCUCAAGGAAGAACGGUUGAUAGGAUUCAUCGAAUCCAUUGGGGAGAAUUACGUGAAAAUGCUGAAAACCAGGCUCCCACAAGAACUGAAAUGAAAAUCAGAAGAAAGGAUUUUCAUCGUGGGUGAGGGGAGGGUAAGGAUUUUGUAUGCGUUAGGAUAAAAUUUUCCAGAUUCCUCUACAAGGCUCUGUAACAUUCUUUAAAAGUUUUUCCCUUAUGGCAGUCAAAAACAAACAUCCUCCAACCACCCAAGCGAUAACUGACGUCUGGCUCUUAAUCAUUUGUGCUGAUUUGUUUUUCUUAGCGUGAACUCCUAUUGCAUAUUGAGAAGGGAAAGUAAAGUUUAAAAUUUGGGAUAGUUAUCUAAGAUUUACCAAGAAAGGUGCUUAAUUUGAAAAGUAUUUUGAUGGAAACAAAUAGACGCAAAAUUUUGUUUCUGUAGAAAGUUUAUAAACUACACCUAAACUACACUAAACACAAACCUGAACAAAUUUCACUUAUUUGUUAUAU